AUGCCUUCCCGCGAGUCGUCCGCUUUCUCUGUCAGCAGGUUUCUGGAUGACCUUCAACAUGUCUGCAAAGUCUGUCAAGCGCCUUACUCGGAAGAAAUGACGAGAAAGGUCCUGGACACCUAUGCCACCAGCUUCCAACGCUCUGCAAUACAACUCCGCAUCACAGACCGGCCCGGAGAUCCUGUCAACUACCGCUUUUACGAACGCAAGGCAGUUCAAAGCAUCAAUCUCGCCAUUUCAUCCAAACUUCUGAGUCCGCAGAACCCAAUGAUUGGCAUCUUCAAAUCUUGGAGCCAGCUCUACGGAGGAGCACCAAUUCAACUCUGCGAUUUCGACGCAGAGAAGGGGCUUGCAAAGGCCUGGCUGUAUCUUUCUGGCUUGAGGCCGCUGGACGAUAUUCUGGAUGCUCCGGGAAUCCCGAGUACCAUUGGACUCUACCAAGAUGCUUUCCGCAGCCUUCAGCUUACUCAAGUGCGCUUCGUUGCGGUGGACUUCAAGUCUCAUACCAUCAAUCUCUACUUCCACGCCCCUGGACCGCUUACGCCCGAGCAGGCCGCUCAAUACACGACCCUCGCGGGAUCACCGCCUCCCUCGGCAGCACAAUUUGCUGAGAUGACCAAGUUCCUCAACCCAUCGAACUUUACCUUUGGCUUGACGAUCGAUCCUGCUACUGGUUCUAUCAAGAGAGUAGCCAUCUAUGCCGUGAGCCUCCCGGCUGGUGAAUGUCCUACUGUCGGCAAACGUAUAUCGACGUUUUUGAAGGAGGUGCCGUCGUAUGAUCAGAAGGAUGUGAAUAUUGUUUCGUGGUCCUUUGGGAAAGGAGGGGAAACGUACAUGAAAGCGGAGAGGAGUUACUGCGGGGAGUUGGCAGAAGUUCUCAAUAGCUGGCGAGGCGACGUGAGCCCUCAAUUUCGAGAUUGGUUUUUGAGAUAG